UGUUGAUCAUUAAUAUUAAUUAGGUCUUAUUUUUAGUCUUAACACGUAGUUGCAAAUCUACAGAAAUAUCUAGCUUGUUUGUAAGUGUAACCCGUCGUAAAGAUGGAUAAUGACAUAUUGGACUCUCUUAACGAUUUGGGCUACACCGGCCCGCUCACCGACGAAGCUGCCUUUGCCAAAGCGCUCGAAGGAGGCCCAAAAUCCCUGGAAUACACGAAACUCAUCCACAUCCUCGCUGAAGAGCUGAAGAAGCUAUGUAACCUUGAAGAGACGGUGAACAUGAUGAAUGAUCCGGAUGAAUCUAGUUCUUUCCUGCUGGAGCUUAGUUCCUUUUUGAAGGAGCUGGGGUGUCCUUAUAAGAAUCUAGUUACAGGUCACAUGUCCUCUCGCCUGGACACGAAGGAAGACAAAAUCCUGUUACUCGACUACUUGAUCUCAGAGCUGAUGGCGGCUAGGAUUGUAGGCGUUGAUCGCCCUAAAGAGAAACCGGGGAUGGAAAUAGUCAUGCAAGAAUCUCCCACCGCCAAGGACCUGAAGGAAAUCCUGAUAGCGCUGAAGUUCAACAAACCGCCACCCAACAUUACUGUUGAGAUGUUAUUUUCCAAGUUGGAGUCGAAACUCAAGGACACGAUACAGAAAGAAGGGCAACAGUUGGUAGGCAAGCCAUUAUACAAUAAAGCCAUGACGGAGAAAGAUUGGAAGGCCCUAGAGACAGCCUUCUCGGAGAUGUAUGAUGAAUACAGGCUGCGGAGAGAAACAUUGAUCACUAGGCUUGAGUGUACGGUGCAGAGUUUUGAGUGGUCGGACCGCCUCAAAACUAAGAAAGACGUCAUCCAAUCCGCGUACCGGCCGAAACGUGACCAACUGAGAAUCAAACCCGACGUCAAACUGUCAGACUUCCUAGCAGCCAGGACGUCGUUGUUGCAAGUUGAGAAAACGUCAAGCGCGAGCGUCAGGAAAAACACGCAGAGCGAUGUCAACAAAGUUAUUAUUGGACAGGUCCCGGACCGCGGCGGGCGCCCUAACGAGGCUCAGCCCCCGCCGCCCGAGAUGCCGUCGUGGCAGCAGCGCUCCGCCGGACCGCAGGGAGGCGGCGGUCGUGGCGGAGGCGGCAUGGGUGGUGGCGGGGGCGGGGGCGGGGGCGGACGCGGGGGCGGGCGAGGGGGCGGGGGCCGAGUGCAGGGCGGGUACAAUCAGGGGCAGGGCGACCAACGACCUCAAACCGGCCCGGCAGCCUUCAGCCAGAACCAGAGCCGCAACUACCAAACCUACGAGGUCCCGCCCGGCGGGUACAACAACAACCAAAAUUACCAGGGCAACCAGUACCAGAAUAAAGUUUAUUUUUGUUUGCGUGGCAACCAGGGUUACCAGGGCGGCAACCACCAAGGCGGCUACGACAACCAAGGCAGGGGAUAUGACAACCAGAGGGGUUAUGAUAACCGAGGCGGCGGUUAUCAGAACCAGGCCGGUUACCAGAACCAAGGUGGCGGUGGCUACAAAACCUACCAGACCCAAUCAUACCAGAACCAGGGGUACCAGAGCCAGGGGUACCAGGGGCGGGGGUACCAGAACGAGCACGACGACCGCAUCGAGCGGAGGGGGGGAGGGGGCGGGGCGGGCAGGGGCUACGGGGGGAGGGGGCGGCGUUAG